AUGCAUCCCCAGGUUCAGGAAGAACGAUUUAAGAGCUGCGAGCCCCUUAUUAUGGCUCUAGAUGAGUGCCACAGAGAGGAUUUUGUUCCUCGAGCCUUCGGUCUCUGCAACGACGUCAAGCAGCAGCUGACUCUGUGUCUGCGAGCCGCUCGAAUCGAGCACGCAUCUCAGAACCGAGCCAAGGCCACCGAGAAGCAGAAGCUGUUUGCUGAGAAGACCCGACGAAUGGACGAGGAGGCUUAUGGCCCCAACAAGAUUCUUCUUGACAUUCUCGCACGAGAGAAGGACGGCAAGUCUUCCCUGCCCCGCUACGAGGCUCCCGUCAUCGCUGCUCCCGUCGAGCAGUCUGAGUGA